CAAAAAUACCCCACAUUAUCAAAAAUCAUAUUUGCAUAAGAUAAAGAAACAGAAGAUGGCAGCCUCGUCCAGCUCUUCCAAGUUGAUCAUGAAGGUGACAGUGAUGGUGAUGCUCGUUGUGGUGGCAGCGACGGUGGUCGAUGGGCAGAGCUGCAAUGCACAGCUGAGUGGACUGAACGUGUGUGGUGAGUUUGUGGUUCCUGGAGCUGACAGGACCAACCCGAGUGCAGAGUGUUGCAAUGCUCUUGAGGCAGUGCCUAACGAAUGCCUUUGCAACACGUUCCGCAUUGCCUCUAGGCUUCCCUCUCGCUGCAACAUCCCUACACUUUCCUGCAGUUGAUAUGGAUCUUCCCAUAUCAAUUCAAAACGUUAUAUGAGAAGCAUGACAAGAGAUCACGGAGAUGGAUACAUCUAAGAAUAAAAAACUCGGAGUUUGAGUUGUUGUUUUUUUUGUUUUUGGCUUUUGUUCGUCGCUGUAAAACCAAUGGGUUUGGAAUUAAAAAAUGAAUAAUAUUGGAGUGAAAUUAUAAUCUCUCUUUUAA